UUGUCUUUAUAAUGUGUCUGACACUAGCAACACCUCACAACUGUUUUCCUCUGUGAGUCUCUGAACAAAUCUUCCAACAUGACGUCGGGUCCGCUGAUUGUCCUUCUUGCUUUCCUCGUGUUUGGGGAUUUCACCAUCGAUAGGGUUAGUGGUAACUCCAGUGCCAACUGUGUCGACUGCCAGAGCUUGACCAACGUCAGACUCCAGUUCGACCGUUUAAGGGAAUCAGUCGAAGGGUUUGCCGAACUCCUGAAAAACGCGACCGCAACCUGUCCCAGUGAGAUCCCUAAGGACUGUUCUGGUGUGCUUGCAAACGGUAUGACUACCAGCGGUGUCUAUACGGUUCAACCUGUGGUUGGUGACGGUCCGAUCGAUGUGUACUGCGAUAUGGAGACAGACGGUGGCGGAUGGACGGUGUUCCAGCGCCGUCAAGAUGGCUCUGUUGACUUCUACCGCGACUGGGAGAGUUACCGCCGGGGAUUCGGUGAUUUGAACGGCGAGUUCUGGCUCGGCAAUGACAACCUCCAUCGACUCACCGCUCAGGGCGCGUACAAACUCCGCGUCGAUCUCGAGGACUUCGAAGGGAACACUGCGUAUGCCUUGUACAACACGUUUCGUGUUGCUGAUGGGAGUGACAACUACCGGUUGACAGUGGGAGACUAUUCGGGAACGGCUGGUAAUUCACUGUAUGGCCACAGUAACCAACAGUUUUCUACCAAAGACCGCGACAACGACGUGCAACGAUCUGGCCACUGUGCAGUGAAAUACUCCGGCGCUUGGUGGUAUAAAUCCUGUCACUACUCCAACCUGAAUGGCUUGUACCUCGGUGGGCAGACGAGCGAGUUCGCCAAGGGAGUAGUUUGGAAGCACUGGAAAGGGUAUUACUACUCACUGAAACAUAGUGAGAUGAAAAUUAAAAGCAAAAUAUAAUCAGCUCCUGUUCGUCUAAAAGUUUGAUGUGUUUUGUCAGAAUUCUUUAGAUAGCUGCAGGAUAUACUCGUGUAUUGCAACAGGAAGGUCUUGUCCUGCGUCAUCAGAACUGAAUGCCUUACUUUCAACUCUCUAUAUUGACAUGUACAUGCCGCUAGGGCAGCGUCACAUGAUGAACAAUAGUUAUACAAGCUUGGUUGCAAAAAUGUCUCUGAUAAUUAUUGCCCAAAGUAAAAUGGAAUGAUAGGGAAUACUUAUUUCUGUUUUAAACCACAGAGUACUGACACAAAUUGAAGCAUGAGACGAUUUCCCCAAACAACUUCAAGGUUUGCUUGAAUGGCACACCUCGUUAUUUUGGUAGGUCCUCACAUUUUCGAAACCCUUGUGGAGUUUUUCGUGAAAAAUACAGCCCUUAUACUGACUGUCAAGGAUUCAGCCUCCAAAAAUAAAUCAAAUGAAACACCCUUUUGGGUUUAUCUGCUAUGUCUCAACCACAAGAGUAGAUUACACACUAACAGGUUUUAACAUGACACAAAGCCAAGGCUGAUCCUGUUAGUAAUGUCUCGCUAUUAGACAAUUCAUAAAAAUAUCUGUUAUCAGCAUUAUGUUGUCUAACCUGAGAGAGGUCCGUCGGGUAACAUUCUUCGUAAGUAAACUGUGAAGAUUAAAUUCAACCCAGCAGAAAGUG